AUGAAACUCAAAAUUUUAAUACUUGGAGCUGGCUACGGAACUCGCCUUCAACAUGAUAUUAAACAAGAACCCUGCCAAAAAUAUAUUCAUCUGUUAGGACUUCCCAAAGCACUUUUACCAAUAGGUGAUAAAGAUGCACUCAUAACGCAUUGGCUUCAAAUAUUUAAAAAUUCUGAACUGAAUUCUAAAAAUUCUAUUAAUUCUAGUGUAUACGUAGUGACAAAUUCCAAAUUUUAUAAUAAUUUUAUUUCUUGGGCUAAUGAAAAUGGGAUUCCAACUUCUAAUAUUGUCAAUGAUGGAACUACCUGUAAUGAGAAUAGAUUAGGUGCAAUUUCUGAUAUUCAAUUUGGUUUACAAUAUUUUCAACUUUAUGAUUCGGAUGUACUUAUUAUUGGAGGAGAUACUUUAUUUUUAAGUGAUUUUAAUUUUAAUAAAUUAAUGAAACAAUUUAAAGAUAAUAAAGAUGGUUGUUUAUUAACAACUUAUGUUGUUCCUCCUAAUGAAAAUAUUAGUAAAUAUGGAAUUCUUACAUUAGAAAAUUUAUCAAAUAAUCAAAUUCUUGUGAAUAAUUUCAUCGAGAAACCCAAGAAUCCUUCUCAAAAAACUAUUUCAAGAAAUGCUUGUCCCUGUUUUUAUUUUCUUAAACGGGAAGUCUUACCUUUAAUAAAUGAAUUUCUUAAAGAAUCAAAAGAAGAUAAAACAAAAACGAUUGAAGAUCGAGAUGCUACAGGAAAAUUUUUAGCUUGGGUUAUUAAUGAAAAUAAAUUCAAAUUUUAUGCUAGUAAAGUAGAAGGAAGAAUAGAUGUAGGAGGAUUAGAAAGUUAUUUAGAUGCACAAAAAUAUUUCGAGAAUCAAAAAUUCCCAAAAUUGGAUUCAUUGGAAAAAAGAUAUCAAACAAACUAA